AGACAACUUUAUGUGCUCGACGUGUUUGUUCAUAGGCAAUAUGUUUAUCAACUAGCUUACGCAAGUGAUGUCAUAUGCAGAGAUCAAUUAAGGAUGAUCAGAAUGAUCUUUCCUUUCCAUUCCAUUCCUCCCAACCAAACAUACCGUCCUCGGAGUGUCUUUUAUUUGUUUAGAGGCAAAUCUGUAAAAUGUCUUUUAUUUGUUUUCUUCAAUUCUUCCAAACACAGCCUUAAAGAAAUAACACAGAUUGCAGCGGGAGAACAAGAGGAUGUUGCGUGUUUGAAUGUUGAUCCUCGGAGUUCCAGAACCGACAGCUUUCUCAACUGAAUCCCACACCAAAACCUCGUAAAGCUGCUCUGCAACUCCUCGUUACCGGUUUUAUGGCGUCAGAGCUUGUGGCUGGGGAGAGAGAGCCAAUGCAAGUCAAUGCUGCUCCAAGAAGGCCUCGGAUUCUACUGGCUGCGAGUGGAAGCGUUGCCGCCAUAAAGUUUGGCAAUCUCUGCCAUUCCUUUGCCGAAUGGGCAGAGGUACGAGCAGUCGCAACUCGGGCGUCGUUGCACUUCAUUGACAGAGCGUCGCUUCCGAAAGAUGCUGUUCUUUACACUGAUGAGGAUGAAUGGUCUAGUUGGAGCAAAAUAGGCGAUAGCGUGCUCCACAUUGAGCUCCGCCGGUGGGCCGACAUUAUGGUUAUUGCUCCUUUAUCGGCGAAUACACUAGGCAAGAUUGCUGGGGGGCUAUGUGACAACUUACUGACCUGCAUUGUGCGGGCAUGGGACUACACCAAGCCAAUAUUUGUUGCACCGGCCAUGAACACCUUCAUGUGGAACAACCCUUUCACGGAGCGACAUCUCAUGUCAAUUGACGAGCUUGGAAUUUCUCUUAUCCCGCCCGUCUCGAAGAGAUUAGCUUGUGGGGAUUAUGGGAAUGGCGCAAUGGCUGAACCUUCUUUAAUCUACUCAACAGUUAGACUCUUUGUAGAGUCGCGGAAUCAACAAGGUGGCAAAAAUGUUCAGCAACAGCAAGUAGUAUCAUAAGGUUUUAAUUUGAAGACUUAAACUGCAUUUUUAACUUUUUCGGGUCAUUCUGAAUUGUUGUUGCAGGCCUUCGAUCUUGUAAUGGUACUGUUUUAGUCUGUUGAUCAGGCUAACUGUACAUCUGUUAGGAGUUAGGAAUUGAUUUGGUCUACAUGUAUUAACUCUGUGAUUUGAUUUUGAACCAUCAUCUUGUUGAUGGAUUAAGUUGAAUAUAUGAUAGAUAGUGCUCAAAUUACAUAUU